GAUGUGUUCAAGUACCAGAGGUCAUCUGCUCUCCGAGUAUGGUUAUUCAACUGUCAUCUUGCACCAGGAGUCGAAGGCAUCUUGCACCUAGUCUGUACCUUCUGCUCCUGCCAGGCUCCCAAGAGCACAAAGGACCAAGUCCCUGCUCCAUUCUGUCCUAUCCAACUAUCUAGGAGUUAGGGGUCAUCUGAGGACACUACUUCCACCGACUGCACCUUCUGAGGAUUUAAGAAUUCUUCUUUAGCUGCUGCUCUGUCAGGCACCGCUGGUUCCUUCUUACCAUCCUCCCUGAAGAGCAACCUCAAGUUAGUGAGCACACGUCAGGCUUCUUUUUUGGUCUUGGGACUCUGGGCUGGCAGAGGUGACAUCCCUGUCAUAUGAAGGAAGAUGCUCCUUUCUCUGAAGGUUAUUGACAGGGAAUACAGUGAGUAACCUGAUCAUGAUUAUACCUCCAAUGUUCGGUGCAGUUCAGAGUGUUAGAGACGGUCUGGAAAAACGGUACAUUGCUUCUUAUUUAGCACUCACAGAUGGAGUUUUGCUCUUGUCGCCCAGGCUAGAGUGCAAUGGCGUGAUCUUGGCUCACCGCAACCUCCGCCACCCAGGUUCAAGCGAUUCUCCUGCCUCAGCCUCCCGAGUAGCUGGGAUUACAGUGGUAGGAAUGGGAUCCUGGUGCUUCCACAUGACUCUGAAAUAUGAAAUGCAGCUAUUGGAUGAACUCCCAAUGAUAUACAGCUGUUGCAUAUUUGUGUACUGCAUGUUUGAAUGCUUCAAGAUCAAGAACUCAGUAAACUACCAUCUGCUUUUUACCUUAGUUCUAUUCAGUUUAAUAGUAACCACAGUUUACCUUAAGGUAAAAGAGCCGAUAUUCCAUCAGGUCAUGUAUGGAAUGUUGGUCUUUACAUUAGUACUUCGAUCUAUUUAUAUUGUUACAUGGGUUUAUCCAUGGCUUAGAGGACUGGGUUAUACAUCAUUGGGUAUAUUUUUAUUGGGAUUUUUAUUUUGGAAUAUAGAUAACAUAUUUUGUGAGUCACUGAGGAACUUUCGAAAGAAGGUACCACCUAUCAUAGGUAUUACCACACAAUUUCAUGCAUGGUGGCAUAUUUUAACUGGCCUUGGUUCCUAUCUUCACAUCCUUUUCAGUUUGUAUACAAGAACACUUUACCUGAGAUAUAGGCCAAAAGUGAAGUUUAUCUUUGGAAUCUGGCCAGUGAUCCUGUUUGAGCCUCUCAGGAAGCAUUGAUGAAUCAUUCCACCAAGAAAACAAACAAGCACCUACCAUAGACCUGGCAGAAUAAAUAAGGAAAUCCUUAAAGAUCUACAAGUUCAAAUAGGUCAUGACCAUCACAGCAGAGGAGUGACUUUCUGACUAAUGCUGCCACCCACACAGAGAAUAAGGAGUGGGGCCUGCUGGGUGUUUAGCUCAUGGCUUUAUCUCAUUUGUCCCCCUCCUCCUUUCACGCUCCAGUUUAUAAAGAAACAGAGAUGAUGUGUGUGUACACCUCAAAUGCAGAAACAGUUGAGCUUUUCUUAACAGGUUAACAGUUUGUGCUGGUUAUAAGAAAUUAACCUUUUUUUCUUUUUGUCAAGGGUUGCAUGUGAAUUAUACCUUUAUUAAUAUUUGAUUAAAUAAUGCAAACAGUCAGCUAAGAGCCAACAAAACCCCAUAUCCAGAUAGUUAGCUGUGAGCCAGCACUCAGCUGUGUCAGAUUUGAUUAAUAUUGUAUUAAUCUCGUGGAUGGUUCUCAAAGGUAAAAAAAAAAAAAAAGAGAGAGAGAGAGAGCUAGCUGUGGGAUUCUGUGUAGUUCAUCAUUAUCUGUUCCAGGGUUAGUCGGGGGAUCAUAAGCAAGCUCAGACCUGCCCCAGUAUUUAACCACAUCCCAGGAUUUAUGGUGUCUGUCUAUGGCCACAGCCAACCAGAAUGAGUGGGUCAUCUUAUAACCUUUCUGAAGCUCCAUGAGGACAUGUAUAGAAUGCUGUACCUUCAGCCAGCUCUGCUCUGAUCUUUGCAGAUCUUUAAGUUGUCACUGUUUCUACGACUAGACAAAUAUGACUGGUGGUCUAGACUACCCAUAGUUCAUCCUCCUCACAUAACUUAUUUGAAGUUGUCAGGGAAUGUCAUUACACUCUGAUUUUUUAAAUUAUGCACUAUUUUCCAGUUCUCAGAGAGGUCAUGAUUGUGCCCAGGGAAGUAUGUUGCGUUAACUAAAGCUAAAAUGAUCAGAAUCCUAUUUACAUAAAGCGUAUUAAAAUAUCUGCUCCUUAAUUUGCUGCAGGAAAUAGAUGUAAGUUUCUGUUACUUGAAACCUACAGAACCCACAAAAAUUAGGGUGCUAAGAAAUGACAGUGAAAUCUCAUCGUAAGGCAGCUAGUUCUAAUUUGCAUUUGAAUGUAUAACAAAUUGCGUCACUUUUCACAAACUUAACACCUGCCUGGAGUAAAAAUCUGAUUUGACCCCUCUGCUCAUGUAUCAUCAUAUUUGUAGCUCUGCAUCAUUUAGCAUUUUUAUGACUUUUUUUGCUUUAUAUAAAUUAUUGUAAAAUCCAGAUUGUUUUUACCACAUGAUGACAUGACUUAAGAUUAAAUCCUGAGCUACAGUUUCAAAAGGAAAAUCAUUUUUUCUUAUGCAAAGAUGGUAAAACACUUUUGUCAUUUUUUCCAGUAUUCAGUAAGUAGCCUUUGUACAAAUUUAAAACCAAAAACUAUUCUGUUGUUUUUCUUCACCUACUAACCUUAGUUUUUAACCAAGCAUCCAAGGAUGUCAAGUUGACAUCCUUCCCUUAGCAUGCCAACAAGCCAUUAGACUGAUUCUUCCGCCUACUUUUAUGAUCCUCCAGGAAGAAAAACACUUGCCAAAACAUUAAGAGAACUUUGGUUCUGCCUUAAGAGGGUAUAAAACUAAACCAUUUGAAGGCACAGCCUGUAAGACUAUACUUGAUUUUGCGCCAAGAUUCUGACUUCUGGCUACAUUUCACCUGCAGUUACCUGGGCUAUCAGCCAUGAUACAUUUUUUAAUUCAUUUGUUUUCCACCAUUAUAUUUUUAUACUUUUCAGUUAGAUAUACUUCUGCAUAAAGACUAUAUAUACAGUGUAGAAUAAAGGCAUAUCCUACAUGGCAAUGCUGUUAAACAUGGUAAGAUUGAGGUUCUGCAGGAUUAAAGUCAGAUUAAGGGUAGAGAGAGCAUACCUUGAUACUGAGGCCAUUUAGAGCAAUUUGUUUAAUGAGUGGUUCAGCCAUCACCACCAGUAGCCACCUGUUCAAUAAAAUUGCCCAGCACCACAGUGGAGAGUCAUCUACACCCCAAGGUGAACUGUAAGACUGCCCAAUUCUUUGAAGACCCUUGUUUCUGUUGGGAGAAUGGAAAGCAGAAAGGGAAGCCAGGCUCUUUAAUGUUCCAAGUCAGCUGUGCCUCAAACAAGGCUCUCUUUUUAGCAACUAAGUAACACACUCAAGAGUUUGUAUCUGUGCAGCAUUUUAUGGAAAUCACUGGUGACCUAUAGGAUACUACUAAAUUAUCUUUAUUUCAAUAGCUUUAUUUUUUCCUACUCGGAUUCUAGGUGGACAUUACAGGGUUGGAUUCCUCACUACCCCCUCCCGCUGUCAUUUGUUUUAUUGGAAAUUUUCAUGUUAACUAGAGUGUACAAAAAGUCUGUUUCCUGCUGAGCCAAUAAUGAUUUGUUUGCAUAUCACCUAAUGUGAAAAGUGCUCAUCUGUGAACCCUACAGCAAAUUAUAUUUUAGAAAAUACUUUGUGAGGCCGGGCAUGGUGGCAGAGCAAGACUCUGUCUCAAAAAAAAAAAAAAAAAAAAAAAAUACUUUAUAAGAAUGUAAAAGAAGCAAUUUGUUUGCACAUCUGAAUAUCCUUCUUGUGCCUCCAUUUUCACUCUGGAAAACUGAAAGCAAUUUGACUUUUAUUUUUGGUUUUCUAAAGAACAGCUAGGUGAAAGGAGAUUAAGCUGAUUGUCACUCUGCCUGCCCACUACCUACUCCCCACGGUGGUGUUUCAUGAAACAUCCCCACCACCUGAAGUGAUCUUUUUAACCCUUGUGAUAGUAAAUGCAUUGAUAAUUAACAGGAAAAACAUUUGCUUUUAAAUAAUCUACAAAUGAGAACCCAAAUAGUAGUAUUUUGUUUGACAGAAGUAAAUCAAAUACUAUGGUUUAAAUAUAAUGCAAAAUUUCAGGACAGUUAAUUUGGGCUUCCCUUACCCUAAGAAGGUUUUUCUUAUAAUAAGGAGAAGAGGUGUGGUUCAAAGAAAAUUAGGAGACAAAAACUUCAGGUACAUAAUGCAUGAAAAUCUUUAAAUGCCUGCAAAAAUUAAGUUCUGUUAAAAUACCAGCCAAUUCUAAAUUAGCCAAUGCCCUAAAAGCAUCUAACAAUUUAAGGUUAUCUUAUGAGUCUGAUGAAAACAAUUAUUUGUUGCUAAAUUUGAGUUUUAGCUACCAACUCCAUGUUUACAUGACAAGAAAUUGUUUUGACCCUGUGGUUUAUGACAUGCUGCUGGAUGAGCAUUUAUGUAAAACUGACAUUUCAAAGAGAACCAUUUAUAAUUGGAAUUUC